GAAAUUUUGGCCAAGUUAAAAACACGAAAUUUACCUGUAAAACUAAAGUUUUGUUUAAAUUACCACCUUCGCGUCCGUCCCAUGGCUCGACUGCACCGUUUGUCACUCGAUCGUCCCGCUUGCUGAAGCUCUAGACGGCACCUGCUGGUCGCGAAUAAAAGGGUGAAUCAUUUCAGCGAAACAAAAAAGAAAAAAUAAGGUCAGCGUCUGGGACGGAUCUGGAGGAGGAAAGAGUCCCUCCAGAGUAAACUAAUCGCCAAAGGAGAAAUCCGAACAGCCAGGUGGCGCGGAUGGAUGGUCAUAUCAACAUUGACCAUCCUGCUCCGGCGACGACCAGCACUGUAGGCGGUUCCGGUGGACCGGGUGAUUCCACCGACGGGCGCAGUUCUUCCAAGAAGCGGUGGCAGAAAAUGCCACAACAGGAUGGCGGAACGGGAGGACAUCCGUCGUAUGGGACAACCGACUCCGUGCCUCACGUAACGAUACGUGACCCUAGCAGUAGACCCGGCGGUCCCGCAGUGUCCCGUUCGGGACAGCCCGGCAGCCAAGCGCGCCCUCCCGGUGGCGAUGGCCCACCAGGUAGCUCCGCCGCUGCCCGCCACCAGCAGGAGGAAGAGGAGGAAGGUCUCAAGUACGGUGCCCAGCACGUGAUCAAGCUGUUCGUGCCGGUGACGCUGUGCAUGCUGGUUGUGGUCGCCACGAUCAGUUCGAUCAACUUUUACUCGACCAAAGACGUGUACCUGGUGUACACUCCGUUCCAUGAGCUGUCCGAUGACACCGGGACGAAGAUCUGGAACGCACUGGCGAACUCGCUGAUCCUGAUGACGGUGAUCGUGAUCAUGACCAUUUUGUUGAUUGUGCUGUACAAGCGGCGUUGCUACAAAAUUAUUCACGGCUGGCUGAUCAUGUCGUCGCUGAUGUUGCUGUUUCUGUUUAGCUACCUCUACAUGGAGGAAGUCCUCCGAGCGUACAACAUUCCGUUCGACUACCCGACGGCCCUGCUGUUGAUGUGGAACUUUGGUGUGGUCGGCAUGAUCUCGAUUCACUGGCAGGGUCCGCUGCGGUUACAGCAAGGCUACCUGAUCUUCAUCGCGGCCCUGAUGGCACUGGUAUUCAUAAAGUAUCUCCCAGAGUGGACCACGUGGGUCGUACUGGCCGUCAUCUCGAUCUGGGACUUGAUCGCAGUGCUAACGCCUAAAGGUCCGCUCCGGAUCCUGGUCGAAACGGCUCACGAACGGAACGAGCAAAUCUUCCCAGCCUUAAUCUAUUCUUCAACCAUCAUGUACUCGUACAUGGGAACGCACUCGGACCCGAGCGAGGAAGCGCUAACCCGCGGUGAACGAGCGAUCGGAACAGGCAGCACGGGUACGGUAACGACCAGCUACGGGUCCACCGGAACGCCCGUGCACAGUAUGUCACAGUCGUCAACGCCGGCGCAUCAACCGGCAAACCAACAGCAACGGCAGCAGCAACCACCCCCGCCACGUCCGGAUAAUGCCGAAGGUACGCCCCUGGUCUCGUAUCGAGAGAACGCGGCUGUGCGAACUGCAGCCGGUCAAGGUCAUCCGGAUCAAUCCGGUGGCUUCACGCAGGAAUGGGCCGACGCGUCCGGCCAACGGGUAACCCGCCGCCAGAUCGAGGUCCAAGCCAACAUCGCCAGCAAUCCGAACCGUCCCGAGUACCGUACGGUCACGGCGGGAGCGCGCGGUGGAACCGGCGACUCCCAGCAGGUCCCGCUGUACGAACAACCGGAGGAGCGUGGCAUCAAGCUCGGUCUCGGGGAUUUUAUCUUCUACUCGGUGCUGGUCGGCAAGGCGUCCAGCUAUGGCGACUGGAACACGACGAUCGCCUGCUUCGUGGCAAUUUUGGUGGGCCUCUGUCUAACCCUGCUGCUGCUGGCCAUCUUCCGGAAGGCCCUGCCGGCGCUACCGAUCUCAAUCUUUUUCGGACUGAUCUUCUGCUUCGCCACCAGCGUGAUCGUGAAGCCGUUUACCGAGGCGCUCGCCUCCGAGCAGGUCUUCAUCUAGUUUCCGUAGGAGUGCGGGACGGCUCGAGUUUUAAGUAGACUAGUGUGCUUCUUAUUAUACUGUAAUCAUUCUAACUUAUCGAACCCGCGCGAAGAAAGUGAGGUCCAGCGGAAUGCAGCGGAACGGAAGGGACGCAACAAUGACUAUAAACUCUAAUAUAUAAACUAAGCGCAUUAGCUAUCAUUAUCAAUACACUAGGAAUUUCAUAUUUUUUAAUCCAGCUACGUAGUUAACGUGUUUUGUACAAUUUAUCAUUUAAACCAAU